AUGGCGACGUCUCUUCCCGUUGAAGUUGUCACCGAAAUUCUUACCUUUGCGAUUGCGGUUCAUCCCAUUCCUGCAAAUAUUCUGUGUGCACACACUCUUUUUAGACAUAUCGGACUCCAAACCCUCCACCAAAGUCUCUGCUUCCGCUCUUCCCUCCAGCUGCGACGAUUUAUACACUAUCUUCGUGCAUCGCCACUUGCUUGCACCCCUCUCACUCUCACUCUCGAUAUCGCAGGUGGCGCAUCUGAAUCUAUAUUCCCUACUUUGGACUCCGCAUUUACCCAAAUAUCUCUCGAUGCUGCUUGUCGGAAAGACCCCAAAGGCCGUGUGAUGCUCAAUAAGUUGCAUCUAAUACUACACUCGCAUAUGCGCGAUGACAAUUUGCAUAUGGUGUAUGUAGCCCUGAGCAAGGCAAACCCUACGAAAUUCAUCUGGACAGGUCCCGAUCCGCCUCAUCAUUUCUCUACUGCUAUUGUUCCCAGAGCUGUAUCCCAUCUCUUCAGAGCGUUAUCGACGUAUACCAAUCUGCUCUAUCUCAAACUAACGAAUAUUACUUUUUUCUAUUCGGAACCUCUAGUCUUCCCGAAUAUACCCUCUUUGCGGUCCUUUUACCUAGGCCAAGCUACUUUUCUUCCAGCCGCCACAGUGGCCGCUUAUCUUUCCUUUCAUUCGAGUGCACUCGAAAGUGUACGUUUGGUGGAUGUUUAUUCCGAGAGUAUAUGGGGUCCUCGUAUCCGCAAGAAUGAUAUAUUGGCCAUUCUUGCAGAACAUCAGAGGGACAUUGUUGCCACGGUCCUUAUUGUUGACGCCAAGACGGAGAGAAUAAUGGGUGGGGACCGGGUUGAUUCUUCUCUCCGAUGA